CACAUGACGUCACUAAGACGCGACCUACACUCAGAAGAGUGGGAGAUUCGAAGUGGCUAGCCAAACAAAACGGAUUUGAACGCGAUUUAUGUCGAACCGCCUCACAUUUCAUGAACUGACACAACAUCCCGGAGACUUUUACUGAUCCUUCUUAGGAUGGCCACCCCGAGCAAGACACCACCCGGCGCCGACCCCAAGCAGCUGGAGCGGACGGGGACGGUCCGGGAGAUCGGCUCCCAGGCGGUGUGGUCCCUCUCCUCCUGUAAACCCGGUUUUGGAGUCGAUCAGCUGAGAGACGACAACCUGGAGACCUACUGGCAGUCGGAUGGAUCCCAGCCUCACCUGGUCAACAUACAGUUCAGGAGGAGGACGACAGUGAAGAUGCUGUGUAUUUACGCCGAUUAUAAAUCUGAUGAGAGCUACACGCCCAGUAAGAUCUCCGUCAGAGUCGGCAACAACUUCCACAACCUGCAGGAAGUCAGGCAGCUGGAGAUGGUGGAGCCCAGCGGCUGGAUUCACAUCUCUCUGAUGAACCAGCGAACAAACGAGCCGAUCAGCACCUUCAUGAUCCAGAUCGCGGUGUUGGCCAACCACCAGAAUGGCAGGGACACUCACAUGCGGCAGAUUAAAGUCUACACGCCGGUGGAGGAGAGCUCCAUCGGCAAAUUCCCACGAUGCACCACGGUCGACUUCAUGAUGUACCGCACGAUCAGGUGAUCUGGACUGACACGUGAACACCUGAUCCUCUGAGGAAGCUUUGCACAAAAUAUCCAGAGAAGAAGACAUAAUAAGACAGACUGAUCUCUGGAGCUGCUGCUUUUCUUCAGUUUAGUCAGAUUUGGUCGAUUUUGAUGUGAUUCAGACUGAUCGAUUCUGUUUUGAAUCCAGAAUCGAUUAGUCUUGUACUGGUUAUUGUUAAGGUUUUGUCAAAUGUGGCUUCUCAAAAAUGCAGAAUUCAUAUUUUCAAUUAAAGCUGCCAAUAUUUAAUAUAUUUAAACUUGACUGUAAGAGUUCAGUGUUUUUCUCUGUAGUUCUUUUCUUUAAUAAUGGAUUAAUAAUUGUAAAUGAGAAGACCAUUAGAUGUGGUUAAAAGGCCAGAAGGUGGAAAGAACUUAAAUGCCUCAUGAUGGUUUAAAAGCUAAAAGGUUUUUCAAUUAUAAGAAGAAGAAAAUUCACAGUGAAUAUUUUGGGGUUUUUUUUGGCUUCAAACAGUCAAAUUUAAAGAUAUUAAAUCAAAUCAACCGACAGUUUAAUAUGUUGUGACAUCUGAAGAGUUUAACUCUGAAGAAAUUUGGCAGCACUUAAGGGAGAAAAAACUCAGACUAAGCACACUGUUGAUUAAUGCUAAAUAUAGUUCAUUCAUUUACAGCUCAACAUUUUUCUAAAGUAACAUUUCCCAGUGAAAGCUUUGGUUAUUUUUACCCAGACAGGAGCCAGACUGAGUUCAUUAAGAAGCCACGGUUUUUGUUCAGUAUCAGACAGUUCAAAACCCAAACUGCUGUGCCUACAGACCGUCUCCUGUUGUGGAUUUGUUACUAAGAAUUGAAUUAAAUGUGUUUCAAAACAAA